AUGAACUCGAUGGGCCAAGAACAUAUCCAUCCGAUUGCUCCGAGGUUCUCGAAUAUAAGAUUUUGUGAACAUUCCGAUCUUCCUUGGAUGGAAAUACGACCACCGCAGCAAGAGUCUGAUAUAUCCUCUGCGAAAGCAGAAGGAGAAUCGUACGCAGAACUGCUACGAUCUGUCAAAGAUAGAGUGAAUUUCGGCAGCAUUGGCGAGAACAUUUCAAAAAUCAGGAAAUCACAGAAGGGUGAUCUGGUGCUCACAGUCGAAGGCGGAAAGGGCAUGGCGGAGACCCUUCGAGGAGAGAUAGCAAACAAGUUGCAGUCAGCCGUGAUGAUGGCAAGGGCAAAUUGCACCACAUCAUUCGUUAACGGAAUUGAUGCUGCAGCAACCUCACAGGAGGUAAUAGAAGCCAUCAAGAAGGAAACGGAGGAAAAACUACAGAACAUCGAGAUGAAGGCGAUGAAAUCUGGAUUGUUUGGCAGCCAAACGGCAGCACUAAAUAGGAACAGCGGGUAUACUGAUCCAGAAAGGCUCUCUAAAAAUAGGAUGGAUCAGUUGCAGAGUUAG